AUGGAGACCGUGCUACCGUUUGAGGUGGAAGUCCCAUCAUUAAGAAUCUUGGUGGAGUCUGGAUUAAUGGAGUCGGAGUGGGCCCAAGCACGUUUAGACCAGCUCAAUCUCAUAGAAGGCAAGCGUCUGGCCGCUAUGAGCCACGAGCGUUUUUACCAGAAAUGGGUGAAGAAUGCUUUCGACAAAAAGGUACGCUCAUGCAGGUUCAGCGAAGGGGACCUGGUACUGAAGAAAGUCUCCCAAGCCCUAAAAGACAAUAGGGGAAAGUGGACCCCGAGCUACGAAGGGCCUUUCAUCGUAAAAAAAGCUUUCUCCAGAGGGGCCCUUGUGCUCACCAACAUGGAUGACGAGGAACUACCUUCACCCUGCGGUGACCUUGGUCAUGUGGCUUCGCUCCCUCCGAAGAAACUGAGUAGGUUAGUCAUAUCCUCGUCCAAAUUGGAUUCUGCAAGCUUCUCCCCUGUCUGGGCAUCGGGCCAGUCUCCAGGCCACGCGACCUCAACCCGAAACUACUUCGGGGUUGGGCAUACAAAAGGGGUGGAACCCUGCCCCUACUAG